GAGGCGCUGCCAGGUGAGCAGAGCAGCAAGGGAUGCACAGGGAAGAGCCUGUUCCACAGGGCAGAGCUGCCCGAGGCGCUUCCAGGAGCAGCACUGAACAAAGACCAAGUGAACAAAGCUGGAGCGUGGCAGGAGGCGGAGGCAGCGGAGCAGCAGCAGCGGGGCACGGGGCCAGGAGGCCGGGACACGGGGCCAGGAGGCCGGGACACGGGGCCAGGAGGCCGGGGCACGGGGCCAGGAGGCCGGGCAGCAGCAGCCUGAGGGUGCUGCAGGCAGGGAAGGAGCAGCGAGCUGGCCACUCCAGCCUGGGCAAAGCCGUGAGCAGCAGGAUCCCUUCUCGAACCGGAGCCAUCGGAAAUGCAAAAUGCUGCCUCGGGGAGAGGGGUGGCUUCACACCCCACUGUCACCUGCUGUCACAUCUCCCAGGCGUCCUUGGAGGCAAACUGAGCUCAGCACUGCCACGGGAUGUGAGUGGCCACCAUCACCUGCACAUGGGCUCCUUCCUUGGCACUGGGGAGGAGGGCAGCAGGAGCUCCUGUCCGUGUACUCCAAGCAGCCAGCUAUCCCUUCACUCCAAGGGAUUCCCAGUCACUCCAGACCACUCUGGUGUGCUCAGCAGGAGGAGGAUCCCUGGCAGCCCCUCUGGGUGCCCUGGAGGUGUGGAGCAAAGAGGUGCUGGGCAGUUCUGGGCUGCAGCAGCCGGUUUGGAGAUGGCCAUGGCAAAACAUCCACCAGGAAUUUACUCUUGUUUCUUCCCUCUCCUUCCCCUUGUGAAACGUUUUGUGCCUGGUUCUUCCCAGCUCUGCAGAGCCCAGUCAGGCAGGAUGGUGCAUGAGACAUGGGUACUGGUCUGGGGGAUGUGGGGAACUCCCCUCUCCCCUGCAGGCUCCAUCUCUCCCUGUGCUGCUCCAGCCUGGGCUCCUGGGGAAGCUGUGUUGCUGUGGCACAGGGAAAGGGAGGGACUGGCAAACAGGAUUAGGUCCUGUGGCAUUUGCCAGCAACCCCAGGCUCUUGGCAUAACCUGGUGCUCCUCCACGUGCUUUGUGCUCUGGCAAGCUCUGCUGGAAGUGAUCAGGGCAGUGCUUAUCUCCCACCCUCACCUGGGCACUGUGGCCUCAGCCCCUGUGGCAGCUCCAAGCUGAGCCACUCCAAGUGCCAGGGCAGGAUGGGACUGUCCCUGCUGCCCCUGGCCCUGCCCUGGGCUCCCCAGCAUCCAACCAUCACUCUGAAGCUUUUGGGUGCUCUCGCCAUUCCUUCUGCGUGGUGAGACCUCAGCAGCCCCAGCUCUGUCCCUGGGAAGGGCAGGAAACUCCGUGGUUCCAGUAACCCAGGUGCUUCUUGCCUGUGUCAACAGACACAUUUUAGCCUAAUCAGCUCAUCAGGUUACAACACUUCCCUCCCUGGGGCUCCUGUGGGUGCUGGAGCAGGGGGCAGGGAGAUGGAUGAGGUUUUUCUCCCCUUGUGACAGCCUUGACUCCAUUCAUGCUCUGGAGUGCAAACUGGAGGGCUCAGCAGCUGCUUUCUGUUUCAUCCUGCUCCAUUGGUGAGACUGCAAAGUACCCACUGCUCAGGGGUUUUGGCUGGCUCAGUGCCCCUGUCCCAGGACCAGGAGGGAUGGAGCAGUGUCCCAGCCCUGGAAAGCUUGAAACCCUACAAAAAAAAUUAAAAGUGGUUCACAAACCCUUUGAUUUUGCCCCAAGAAUUGCAGGUGGCAAGAAUGGGCAACUGGACUUAAAGGACUAGUCAAGAAAAAUCCGUAAAUUCAACAAAAGUGGAAACCUGAGAAGAUUUAUGAGUUGUUCACAAAUUUGCUGAACUUCUUUAUCCCCUCCUAGUCCUGUAGGCCAAGGAGGAAUCCUGAUGAGCCAGAGCCUUUCUCACCAUCCCAGAAUCCCCAGGCAUUGCAACAAAAAUGGGGCUUUUCAUCUGCAUUUAGGUGGUUUAAGAUGUUACUUCUGACAGCAAAUCCAGCCAGCUUCCUUCCAUGGCAAGACUUGGGUGAAGAUCCUUGAGCAUGAGCCCUCAGAGGCAGGGUUUGGAGAGAUCAUCUCAAAAGCACAAUGUAGGGGGUGGCAGUGCUGUCCCUGGAGCUGCCUUGAUGGCACAGGGUGACAUUUUGUGUGCCAGCCCAGUGUGGCCUCAGUGGCAUCUCUGCAUUCCAGGUGCUCAGGGAACAACUGGGAAGAACAGCAAGGAAAAAUUCCUUUGUCUUGCCAAUGUGUUUGGCUCAGUGUGAACAUGGUGCCUGUAAUCUGCCAGGGAAAGUGGCUUUUCUAAAAAGAACCACUGCCAGGUGCUGUCCCCAAAAUACCCCCAGCCCAGCCCUGAAAUGUCACCCUGUAGCAAUGAAACUCUUGUCUUGAGGUGUUGUGGUCAGUGAGGACCAGGUCUGCACCUCUCCAGCCCACAGCUCUGCUCCAUUCCACUUGGGAUCUUAGAGAUCCCCAGACCUGCUCCUCUGCCUGUCUGUGUCCCCCACAGCAGUGGGGCUGCCAGGAGAGGUGUCACGGGGGGUGACAUGCUGUAUGGUGCCAUUUAUUCCAUCUUCUCCUUCCUCUCUCAGCCUUUGCUUGCAUGGCCGCUCCUGGGGACACGUGCCCUCUUCUUUGGGGGCCACUGAGCCCCCCCAAAGCUUCCUUCAUCAGAUGGGGCAGAUGCCUUCCCUUCUGUGCAGCUUCUAGUCCCUCUUUCCCCAGGCUGCAUCCCCGUGGAGUAGCAGAACUGGGGCACUGCCAUGGGACAUUUCCUGUGUCCCCAGCCCAGGGCCCUCCUGUUGCCCUGCUCAGCCAGCCCCCUGCCCCCCUGCACACAGGCUGUGCAUGCCACAGGACUGGGGAGCAUCUGCAAUCCAGUCUGUGAACGGGAAAAUUGCAGAUUGUUGUUUUCUCCCUUUUCACCUGCUUUUUCCCCAGAGCAAAGCAGCUGCAGCCUCCCAUGGCUUGGUGCUCAGGCAGUGGUGGCAAUGUGGCUGCUCCUGCUCACAGCCCAGGGAGCAAAUUCCAGCUGUGUGGCAGUCACCCCCUGUCACAGCCCCCAGCUCAGGGGCAGAAUUCCAGCUGUGUGGCAGUCACCCCCUGUCACAGCCCCCAGCCCAGGGAGCAAAUUCCAGCUGUGUGACAGUCCCCCCUGUCACAGCCCCCAGCCCAGGGGCAGAAUUCCAGCUGUGUGGCAGUCACCCCUGCCCGUGACCCCCACUCACAGCCCCAGCCAGCAGCUCUCGGGGCUCUCUGCUGCCCUGCUUUCACAGCUGCCCCCCAGAGCUGUGCUGGCAGGAAGGAUGGACUCAACCUGUGGUUUCCUCAGGAGGCUGUAAUUCCAGAGUCAGGGCAGAAACUGCUCUCCAAGGUCCCUUGUGCCCCACCAGUGUCCCCACUGAAGCCAGCAGAGCCUUGGGCCCUUGCUGGGUGGUUCCAGUUGUGGGGGAUGGAGAAACAGGAGGUUCUGGCACCCCCCAAUCCCUUGCACCCCUUGAGCUUUGCUGCCAACUUUGUGGCGAGUGGAACCCGAGUUCCUCUUGCAGGCCCUGCUGUGCUGUACUGGGGAGCCUGGGCCAGCUGCAGUUCCAUCCCUGGGCUGUGGGAGGUGAAGCAAAGCUGGGGAUGGAGCUGGGCCAGAACAAGCCUUGAGCCCCCAGCUGCAGUGCUGGCAAACCCAGAGCAAGCCCUGGCCACUGGACUCCCCCUUCCUGCCCAACACCAGCAAUAGCAAGGCCUGUUUUCUGUACCCCGAGCUUGCACAAGGUCUUUGCCCUGUUAAAAAUCCUAUGCAAAUCUUAUCCCUCUCCCCUCUUCCAGGGCUCUGCAGAUCCCAGCCCAGCCAGUUCUCUCUGCUCUUGUCUGUAAUUCCUACUCCCUGCUGCCCUCAGGGUCCAGCUUCAUUCCUGGCAGCUCCAAAAGCAUUUUGAGACCUGUGCUCUGGAGCUGGGAGGGGGCAGGUGAGACUGUAGGAGCACCCAGCUCAUACUGAGCGCUGAACUGCAGGGGCAGGGCCUGGUCCUGGGGCUCCUGCACGCACCCUUCAUCCUCCUGUGCCUUCUGCUCCAUGCUGGUGGGGCUCUGCCAGCAUCCCUCAUCCCCCUGAAAGGAGAAGCUCUGUUCCACCUUGCUGCUGCCCAGACUGCCCUCUUCUAACUCCUGAGCCUCAGGCUUGGCUGGGGCUGCUCUUCCUUCAGCCACCGCAAGCCUGAAGGGGUGUUUCCCUUCCUCCCAUGCUCCCCAGUCUCUCCAGCCAGCAUCUCUGAGCUGUUUCCCUUUGCAGAGGGGCAGCCCAUGCCAGCAGCUGCCCAUCAGCUGGGACACAGGCAGGAGGAUUUGGGGGGUGGGUGCUGCCAGUGUCCCCCAGCACAGCUGCCUCUCCCUGCUCUUGGGGACCUGGUGCUCUGUACUUUGAUUUCCAGGACAAUUCAGCCCUUUUGGGGAGCCAGCAGAGCUGUGCCUGCAGGACUCCCACGGGAAGGGGGCUCUGCUUAGGAGGGUGGUGCAGGCUCCUCGUGACCUUUUGCCAAACCUUGUGUGUCCAUCUGCAGCCCAGCUCUGGGCCAAGGGUACUCCUGUCGUGGGUCUCCACACUGGUAUCUCUGUUCCCCUGGGUUUGUACCCCUCCUGCUCCUCAGGGCUCCCCGUUCCCACCCUGGCCCAGCCAAGCAAGGCUCCAACUAACACUCACCCCAGGACAUCUCAGCCCAGCGUGGCUGCAGCACCAGCCCAGGAGAGCAGAGGCGUUCCUGCUUCCAAAGGGGAUGUCCUGGUACCAAGGCCUUUGGCCAAAGAGCAUCCCCGUGCCCUGCAUCCCUGGGCUGUGCCAUGCACCCCUGGGCUGUGCCCGGGAGCCGUGGGGCUCCUGGAGGCAGCAAGCUGGGGACACCACGGGUCCCCCUUGCCAGGGCCACGUCUUCCCAAAUGAGCAGAACCCAGCAGCUUUUGGGCAAACCUUGUGCCAUGGAGCACCUGGGAGGGAAGGAGCCGCUGCUCCUGUGCCUGGGGGGGCAGGGCAGGGGGGCCCCCGCGCUGGGAGUGACCUGUUGGGUGCCCAGGGCUCCAGCUCUCUGGAAACAAAGCAUUCCUGGGAUGUUCUUUAUAUUUUUGUAGGAAUGGGGGGUGGGAGAGCAGAUGGGAGAUGCCUGCGGAAGUUGUUUAUUUUUAACCCUGUAGAAAGUUAUGGGUUGUCUUUGGUUUUUGGCCUUUAAAAUGAAAAAUGGUCCUUGCUUUUGAUGUUUAUGCUGCCUACCUGUAAAUCCAGAUGUACUUAAGUGGCUGAAAUCCUUGUUCUUAAAUCAGAUACACAUUAUAGUUUUGAAUUAUAUAUAUAGUAAAUAUAUAUAUAUAUAUGCCUAACCCAGCAAAAAAUAAAAAAAAAAAUAAAGUAUUUGGGGGUGGGAAAUGCAUUGCUCUUUGAAAUGAAUCACAAUUGGGGGAUGAAAUUGUGUUUCUGAGUGCCUCAAGAUAUGAAUUGUUUUCAUUUUUUUAAAUAAUUUUAUACAAGUGUCAAAACAGCUGGCUGGAUUAUUUGGAAUUUUUAAAUAAUCCUAACUUUUUUAAAGUAGAUUUUGAGAACUGUCCUGUAUAUAACAGUAAUGUAGCAAUAAAUGUGACAUUUUAUAACAAUA